UUUUUUUUCUUGGAGUUGCUUUGCUUAGUGGAUGAAGUACUUUGGUAUUUCAAUUUGAAGAGAAAAAGAAACUAGAAAGAAAAAUGCCAUGUUCUAAAGAAGAAGCUCUUAUUAGACUCUUCUACAAUUCUUCAAGCUCUUUCAAACUUCUCUUCCUCUUUCUCUUCUCUUCUUCAACUUUGCUUCUCAAAAUCCUAAACUUCAUUAGUAGCUACUCUUUAUUCCAAAGUGAUCAACAAUAUGAAUAUGUUUCAUCUGAAGAAGAAGAAGAAGAAGAAGAAAUUCAAGAAAGUUAUUGUUAUGAAGAUUCUAUAGAGAAAGAUCAUUUAGUAGCUGAUAUAAUUUAUGGUGGAGAAGCUCUUGUAUUUCUUCAUAGUAACAAUGAGUCUCAAAGGAAUGAUUCUUUUUCUUAUGAAGAAGAAGAAGAAGAAGAAGAAGAAGAAGAAAAAGAAGAAGAGUUUAUCACUCCUCAAGAUAGCUUCAUUGAAGAGUUUUCUUCAGAAGAAAAUUUUUCAACUGAAAAUUUGUAUGUUCAUCACAAGUCACCAAUUGUUUCAGAUUUUGAGACAGAAACAAAUGAAACAGAAAUUCAAACAGAAGAAGAAGAUGCUGAUUCUGUUCCAGAUUCUGUUCCAAUUGAAAACAGGACCACUUCUCCUAUCACACUUAACCUAUACAAAAGGGAUGACCUAGUAGAGAGUGACAAAAACUAUGAUGAAAAGUAUAUUGAUAUUGGAGUUAUAAAAAAUGAGAAGGUGCAAGAAGAAAAAACUACAAGAGAUGAGAGUGUUUUUGUCAUUGGUCCUACACAAUUGGAGAGAAAUAAGAAGUUGAUUAUUGAUGAAAAAGAUGAUGAAGAGAUAUAUGAAGAUUCAACCACUAUUGGUUCAACAUCUAAGGACUCUUCUGAUUGGAGAAGUUCAAUUAUUUGUAGAGAUUCUGGAACUGAUGAUUCAUCAUCAAGAAGAAGUUGUCCAAAAUGGGAAUCUUAUGCAGUUUUUCAAAAAUAUGAUGAAGAAAUGUCAUUUCUAGAAAGGAUUAGUGCACAAAAGCUUCAUGAAACUGAGUCAUUGAGAUCUAUCAAAGUAGCACCAAGAUCAAUUUCAGGGAGAAUUGUAUACAAACUUUCAAGUAUGAACAAAAAACCAGAAGAUAUAAGUCACAAUCCAUAUUGUGAAUUAGAGGGUGCUUAUGUUGCACAAAUUUGCUUAACAUGGGAAGCACUUAAUUGGAACUACAAGAAUUUUCAAACCAAAAGAGCUUCAAAUGUUGAUGUUGGUUGUCCAGCAACAAUUGCACAACAAUUUCAACAAUUUCAAGUUUUGUUGCAAAGAUAUGUAGAGAAUGAACCUUAUGAGUUUGGUAGGAGACCAGAGAUUUAUGCUAGAAUGAGACAUAUGGCACCAAAAUUGCUCCUAGUCCCUGAAUAUCGAGAAUCAGAUGAUGAUCAGAAGGAGAAUAUUGGGUUUAACACUAAAAUAUCAUCAGCUUCAUUUCUUGUGAUAAUGGAAGAUGGAAUCAGAACAUUCAUGAAUUUCCUUAAGGCUGAUAAAGAGAAACCAUGUCAGAUCCUUGCAUCUUACUUUCGUAGAAAUCAAAGAGGCUUGGUUGAUCCAACAUUAAUCCGUCUUUUAAAGAAAGUUAAUCAAAAGAAGAAGAUAAAGAUUAAGGAUCUUCGUCGUUCACACAAAUGUUUGAGGAAGAGAAACUUGAAAGAGGAAGAAGAGAUGGAGAUUUUGAUGGCAUUGAUAGACUUAAAAUUGGUAUCAAGGGUUUUAAGAAUGAGUGACAUGAAUGAAAAUCAACUACAUUGGUGUGAAGAGAAAAAUAGCAAAGUGAGAGUCAUAGAUGGGAAACUACAAAGAGAUUCCACUCCACUUUUUUUUCCAUCACAUUGACCCACAAAAAAGGUUUAUGUAAAUUAAUAUUGCUUCAUGAGUGGAUGAUGAAUAUGCAUGAAUGCAUUUCAUGCAUAUAAAGGAAUAUUCAUAACAUGCUUUUUGUAAAUAUGGAAUUAAAGAAAAUGGAGAAGGACCCUACAAAUCAAAGUGAAACAUAUGUGGAGUAGCAUAUGGAAUAUUUUGGGGUAUGAAAUUCAUGGAAAGAUGGGUAAAGGUGGAAGAGGUGAUGUGUUAUUGAUGAAUAUUGAAAGUGAAAGACCAAAGACAAAGGAAGGUACAAGAUAAAGACAAUAUUAGCUUUAGUUAUUGCUUUAGCUUUUUUGAUUAUAGGGUUUAUCUACAAGGGUUUUGAGCAAGAGUGAAGCACAUGGAGUUCAAUAAAAGUAGUCUUCAACUCUUUUGCAUAAAGUAGAGCACACAAUAAAGGAAUGGUAGGUUUAGGUUUUUUUUUUCCUUAAUGAAUACGGAAGGACAGGUUAGUUUUUGAAAGAAAGAAAUAAAUAAACAAAUAAAUAUAUCAACCAUCUAGCUAGGACUUGUUGUAGUGCUACCAAUUUACAAAAGUACAAUUAUAUGUACUACUUAAUUACUUUCAAAAGAUUUACUCUUGGAUUUAUCAUUUA